AUGGUGCAACAAGAUGAGCAUUUCUGCCUGGAAUGCCUGAAGAGGUCACCCAUCGACUGGAUGGGAGAUAAACCCCUUCAAAUUAAAUGCCAGCCAAUUCCAGCAAACAUUGAAGGCUCUCGAUACGAGUAUCUUGCCCUUGUGUGGAUGACCCAUGUCGAGUUUGAAAAUGCGUUACAACCUCAGGAGCCGAUACUCCCGCAAGAGCAUCACCAAGCCUUGACCCAAAUUGUCCGCAACCUGACCUCAAACUUCGUAGCAGCUAUUGAGACCUACCAGCAGCAGGAAGUGCGGAAAGAGACCUGCAUUGUCAACGUCUGCGAGAAUCUCAAACCCCGAACAGCUAGGAAGAAUUUCUAUCAACAGGCACAGAAUCUGUACGCCGAGGCGAUCAAAUUCCCGCGACUACGACCCGAGAACGCUGGAUGGGAGAUAUGGGAAACUGCUAUCUGCCAGUUCAAUGAGGAAAUGAUGGUGUGGACUGAGAGGUUCGAUCAGUCACAGAAUGACUUUGUAGUACGAACCAAGCUGCAGGAGUGGCUGGAAUGCUUUCCUUUGCCACUUAAGCCGUCGUGGGUAGAAGAGCUUGUUGCUGCCCAUCCUUUGUGGAACCUGGGUGAUUGGAGCCUUGAUUGUAAGGGAUUUCUGUGCUGGAAAAAAGAGAAGACUUCCUGA